AUGACAUCCCCGUUCAUCCAUCGUUUUGAAACCAAAGAGUACCAUGAGACGAGAUCCAUUGGCAAGAACCAAUGGCUCGACAAUGUGGACCUCCGACCUGUGCCCGUGCAGGACAGGACCUUUGGCUGGAAGGACUACUUCUUCUUCUGGCUUUCCGCCAACGCUACACCGGCAUCUUUCUAUGGUGUUAAUGCUGCACUAGCAGCGGGCCUGAGUCUAUGGGAAGCUUUGGGAGUUCAGUUGGCUGGACAAGUUAUGAUUGCAACGGUCUUCUGCUUCAACGGACGAGCAGGAGCUACCUAUCAUAUACCCUUUCCCCCUAUUGCUCGGGCUUCGUUCGGAGUCUGGGGUGCAUACUGGCCGGUUAUCAAUCGGGUUAUCAUGACGCUUGUUUGGACUGGAGUAAAUGCCGUUCAAGGUGGCCAGUGUGCUUAUGUUAUGCUUCACUCGAUCUUUCCGAGUAUCGCUAACAUUCCCGAUAUCUUUCCCGCCGGAAUGUCUGCUCUGAACGGUGGCGGUAUGAUUGGCUUCAUGGUUUUCUGGGUUGUCACAACGUCCCUUCUCCAUAUCAAGAUCCCGAAGCUCAAGCCGUACAUGUAUACCAAACUGAUAUUGUUCUUCAUUUGCGCCAUUUCACUGCUCGGCUGGGCCUUAGCUCAAGCCGGUGGUAUUGGAGAGGUUGCGAAGCAGGGAAGUACCAUCUCAGGAAGUAUGAAGUCAUGGACCAUCGCCAGAUACAUUUUUAUCUACUGUGCCAACGGUGCGACCUAUGCGACCAAUGCGGCCGACUUUCUGCGCUACGCCAAGACGCCGAAAGAUGCGUUUUGGCCACAGUUGAUUGGCUUUCCGCUGUCAACCUUCCUCAUUGGUCUCAUAGGAAAUCUGAUCGUUUCGAGCUCGGUCAUUACUAUGGGGGAGCUGGUAUGGAAUCCUGUGGAUCUCAUGGAUAUGAUGCUCGGAAAAGACUACAGCUCUGCAACAAGGGCUGGAGUCUUCUUCAUUGCUUUCGGGUUCUUCAUUUCAUCGGUCAUUUCCUCUAUCUUCGAGAAUUCUAUCCCAGCAGGCAAUGAUUUGGCAGCUUUAUGGCCUAGAUUCAUCACCAUUCAUCGUGGUUUCUACAUCGCCGCUGUCAUAUCGUACGCUAUGUGCCCUUGGUACAUUCUCGGCUCAGCAUCGAGCUUCGUCGGAUGGCUUGUCUCCUACCAGAUUUUCCUUUCCUCAAUCACCGGCGUCCUCACCUGUCAUUACUACCUGAUCCAACGCGGCCUCCUCAGCAUUCCCGAACUCUACACAUCGGAGGCAUCCGGUAUGUACUACUACUCCAAGGGCUGGAACUACCGUGCCUACAUCGCCUAUGUGGUCGGCAUUGCGCCCAACUUCUACGGAUUCCUGGGCGUCUUCGGUGUCAACGUGACUACUGCCGCCUCCCAGAUGUACUACUUCGCAUACCCCAUGGGCUUGGGACUAUCGUUCGGCACCUACUGGGCUUUGAAUAAGCUCGAUCCCCCAAAAGCCUUUGUCGUUGGAGGCGUGUGGCGAGAGCCCGCCGACUAUAUUGAGGAGCCGGAGUUGGAGGAUGGAACUGUCGUAGAUGGCGUUGAACCAAGCGUGGAAUUGCCCGGCAAAGCCCCUGAAACGUUAAGGACUGAGAAACUUUUGUGUGAUAAUGCUUUUAUGUAA